UAGGCUGGGAAAAGGCCCCUCGGGUGUUGCCUGUCUCAAUAUUUUACGAAGGCAAAGUUGCGUAGUAGUAAUUUAUCUCUCUGUCUUCGCAGAUCCAAAUCUAUCUGCAAUUCCCAAUCGAAUUCUUCAAUUCAAUACUUCAGUUCUUUAUUAUAUACAUAGACAUUGUAUAUCACCUGUGAUUGAUUGAAUUUUUUUGAUUGUUCGUCUUCACAAUUGGAUCUGAUUGAGGUAACACGAACCUUCAAAACAGACCCAAUCAUGAAUCCCUUCUCGUCCGUUUCGCGACUAAGGGACAUGAUUCGGGCUAUACGUGAUUGCAAAACUGCAGCAGAGGAGCGAGCUGUUGUAAGAAAAGAGUGUGCUGCAAUUCGUGCAGCAGUUGAUGAUAAUGAUCAAGAUUAUAGUCAUCGUAAUAUUGCGAAGCUCAUGUUCAUUCACAUGCUUGGUUACCCCACACAUUUUGGUCAAAUGGAAUGCCUGAAGUUAAUUGCAUCUACUGGAUUUCCAGAGAAGAGGAUAGGAUAUCUUGGCCUUAUGUUGCUUCUUGAUGAAAGGCAAGAGGUACUGAUGUUGGUCACAAACUCAUUGAAGCAAGAUCUUAAUCACUUCAACCAGUACAUCGUUGGACUAGCUCUUUGUGCUUUGGGGAAUAUAUGUUCUGCGGAAAUGGCUCGUGAUCUUGCACCUGAAGUUGAAAGAUUGCUACAAUUUCGAGAUCCAAAUAUUCGGAAGAAAGCAGCAUUGUGCUCUAUAAGGAUUAUAAAGAAAGUCCCGGACCUGGCAGAAAUUUUUAUAAACCCUGCUGCUGCUUUACUUAAGGAAAAGCACCACGGAGUUUUAAUAACCGGACUCCAGCUCUGCACAGAUCUAUGUAAAGUCAGUUCAGAAGCUCUCGAAUGUUUUAGAAAGAAAUGCACAGAGAGUGUGGUCAAAGCCCUAAAGGACAUUGUGAGCAGUCCAUAUGCACCUGAAUAUGACGUCUCUGGGAUUGCAGAUCCUUUUCUCCAUAUCAGAUUGCUCAAGUUUUUGCGAAUAUUAGGCCAAGGAGAUGCAGAUGCUAGUGAACGGAUGAAUGACAUCCUUGCUCAGGUUGCGACAAAAACUGAGUCAAACAAAAAUGCCGGAAAUGCCAUUCUGUAUGAAUGUGUCGAAACUAUCAUGAGCAUUGAAGAUAGUGGCGGUUUGCGGGUGCUUGCUGUCACUAUCUUGGGAAAAUUCCUGUCAAACCGUGACAACAAUAUCAGCUUUUCUGUCAGAUAUGUUGCUCUGAACAUGCUGAUGAAAGCUACAGUAGAUACACAAGCAGUGCAGAGGCAUCGAGCAACAAUCUUGGAAUGUGUGAAGGGGGACACAAGGGCCAAGAGGGGGGAGAACAUGGCUCAACUGACUUUUAAAAAACCCUAUACCCGGUUUAUCAAAGGGACUCUCCUAAAAUUAUGUGAUAACCCAUCAAUAUAUAUAUUUUGUUAAAUUUUCAUACUAGGUGUGGUCUUAUAAGGUUUUAUAAGUCAAAACCCUACAUGCUGUCCAUGCAUAAAAAAGAUGAACAUAUUUUUAUUUAACCUUGUUCCCGAGAAAAUUUAGGAAAAAGAAUAUUUACACUUCAAUUGAAUUUAGGAAAAUGCAUAUUUACACUUAAAUUGGUUUUAUUUUUUGUUAAUUACUAAUAUAACAUAAGAACCAUGAAUAACAUGAUACUGGAGCAAAUUUUAUCCAUGGAUAGCAUUAUAAGAUAUUUGAAAGCAAACAAGAACAAGUUUUAAAUUAUUACAUACAUAUCAUGUGAUCAAGAUGAUCUCAUUGAGCAACAUACACAAAUCUCAAAAUUUAGAAGUUGAGUUUGCCAUACACAAUAUGUUAAGAUAAUAUGCUCAUCACAGCUGUAAUGGAGGGAAGAUUUGUGUCAACCCGGACUCCUCACAGAGGGUCAUGCAAGGUGACUAGUGAAGGGCCACAUAAGUGACUAAGCAGAGUGAGAUGUCUCUAAUAUCACAUAGUCAAGCUGGUUGAGCUUGUAGUUCUCUGGUGUUCGGAGACUUUCCAGC